CAGUGAACUGAUUAUGUUAUUAAUACUACUUAUUUCACCAAACAGUUAUUGCGACGUAAAUAAGUGAAUUCUUUCAAACAAGCAAUUCCUGCUCAAGCAAUUCAAGUGCUUCAUAUAUGGAUCCAUUGAAAAACGGUGUCGUUUCUACCCGAACGCAUUUAAGUGAAGGACUACAACAACCGGCUGCACUGGUGUUUUAUCAGUUUGGCUAAAUUAAUAUCAUCUAAAAUACGUCUGUCUAUGAGGUCUUACAUACAAAACAACGACUGUUAAGCCACUGACUUACAAAGCAUGCGAGUUUUUAAAGAUAUUACAUUGAAGGCUUGGUUCAUGAAUAUUAAGGUUGCGUGACGUUCUCGGGAAAGGAAAUGAUGCUACGCCACUACGUUACCAUUAGACGUCACCAGGACGUAAUUAAUAUUCAUGAGAUCAUGCCUUUCUCGUAGUAAGAUUCGUUGUUGAGAAGCGCAGAUGGUUUGUCGAAUCGUUCACGUGCACGUGUAAGGUCUACACAUAUAUGUUUAGUAAAAUGUAUUAAUUAAAUAUGUGCUUGGUGGGAAACAGCAGCCUAAAAGUUAAAAAUUAUAAUGGAUGAAGCACAUCAAGCAGAUAUUCCGAACUGGAUCCAGCAGCACAGCGUGUACCAAGAUCUUAUGCGUCUAGAUGUGGGUGACAGUGCUCAAGUGUAUGCUGCCUUCCUGGUCUACAUGGAUCUGACAGAAGUUCGUGGCUGGUCAGGGGUGUUUGGUGUUUCCUGUCCGGAGUUACAGGCGGUUCUGCUGGAGGGUCGAGAGAAAGAGGGAGACACAGUACAGAUGAUCUACCCACUCCCUUCACAUAGAUCCAUCAAGCACAAAGUGUUACGCUGUGUUUUAGACAGAGGUUCCCCAAUGCUCUUGUGUGUAGUGGCGUCUGACUCCAGUCUGGUGUACCAGAGGCUGUGUGAUGGAUUUCUGACCCCUGAUCCUCCAUUGGACAUCCAAGACCAGGGUCGCCGACAGCAUCGUAAACGGAGGUUACAAACAUGAGAAACCCAGAUCCAGCAUAAAUAAACGCAUCCAAAAGUGAUCAUUACGAUGAGGACUGAUGCAGGAUAGUUUAGAAGAAACUGAGGUUGAACACGAGAGACUGAAUUUGUAUAUUUUUGCGAUCAUCCUAAUAUAUCUUGCUAUUGUAUACCGCAAUAGAGAUUUACAGUAUUAAAGACAAUACAAUUGA